CAGAGUUUCUCCAUGGCAGUUUACCUGGUCAGACAGCAGACAUCCACAACCCUGCUACAGAGACUACGAGCCAAAGGGAUCCGCAACCCAGACCACUCCAGGGCUCUCAUCAAAGAGAAGUUAACAGCUGACCCUGACAGUGAGAUUGCGACCACCAGUCUACGAGUCUCUCUACUCUGUCCGCUGGGGAAGAUGCGUCUGAUGAUCCCGUGCAGAGCGCUGACCUGUUCCCACCUGCAGUGUUUCGACGCGACGCUUUACAUCCAGAUGAAUGAGAAGAAACCCACCUGGGUGUGUCCUGUGUGUAUCAGAAGGCCCCCUACCAACACCUCAUCAUCGACGGGUUGUUCAUGGAGAUCCUAAACAGCUGUGAGGACUGUGAUGAGAUCCAGUUUAAGGAGGACGGGAACUGGUAUCCAUGAGGUCGAAGAAGGAGGUCACAGAGGUGUCUGCUUCGUUCAACGGGGAGGACGACUCGUGUCGGACAGUAGAAUCGGAGCACCACAGGAACAGCUCAUCCCACAGCAGUACCAAUAAGGUGGUGGUGAUCGAUCUGACUCUAGACAGCUCUUCAGAUGACGAUCUGGACGAUGAGCCUCCUCUCAAGAGGGCCUGUCCCUCCUCCUCGCUGUCCCCUGCCUCGCCGCCUGCCAGCAAGGGAGUGUUGAACCUCCACAGCCAGGCGUCUCCGGUGGCCAGAGCUCCCAGCAUGCCUCCUGUUGAGACCAGCUAUAUCCCCCCUCCACCCCCCCUCAUACAGGACUACAGCCACUACUACCACACCCCCAAUGACCUGGACCUCAAUUUCUUCUCAUUCCUCCAGGGAGACAACCAUCAGCAUUACAACAUUGUGAUGGCUGCAGCAGCGGCGGCCUCGGCCUCAGAAGACCAUGAACUUCUCCUCAACCGCUUCCUGCCGUAUAGCUCCUCCCAGAUGUUCCUGGACCAACCAGGGACCCCCGGGGGCGGGAGCAGCGCCCUGCCAGCAGCCAAUGGGGGCAGCAACAGCGGGAGCAGCUCCAGUCUUGUUUCAUCUAAUAGUUUAAGAGAGAGGGAUGGAGAGAGGGAUGGAGAGAGGAAUGGAGAGAGGGACAGCCAGUCGAGCAGGUCUGAUGCAGCGGCGGCAGUCAUAUAUGGCUCCAUACCAGACGUGAUCUCGUUAGACUGAAGGGAGGUGGGGGAUCGUUCACACAGAACGGAAAAACAACUUGAGGGAGAAAAUAGAAACGGAAGGGGACGAAUAAAGGAAAAAUAAAAAGUAGGAGAAAACAAUGCUAUGUACAGAGAGGAAAAAUAUAUAUUUUCAAUUUGACUUAUUAUAUAUAAGCUCCCGACGAUGAUGAUGAUGAGUAACUUCAGGUGAUAUUUUUCUGUGGAUACUGAAGAUUUUUUCCCAGCCUCUUCCUUCACGUGCCCCCUGACCUUUUGUACUUCGUUUUUACUGUUGUAUUUCAAUAUUACACGGCGACGGCAUUAUUUUUGUCUCAAAAACAUGUUUGGACUUCGGAGCGAGAAGAGGAAUCUGUCCGUUUGUUUCGUCAUCACUGUAGAUUUAUUUUUCCUUUUUUUUUUWWACGUUAAUUUCUUACUGUGGUCAAUAAUAUUGUAUUUAAUUAUUUUCAAGGUAUUAUUUAUUAAUAUGCUUUCAAGUUCUGUUGGAUCUGUGUGCUGUGUAAAAAGCAUUCCCUGUGCUCCAUGUUGUUGUUGCCACUAGGAUCACACAGGCUAGCCUGGGUACCAUUCUGUCUGCUGUCAUUCCACUCCUCGUCAUGCGUAACAAGGAGUGGAAUGGUAGCACAAGACAGACUGGUACCCAGGCUGGUUAUACAUCCACUACUGUGGUUUCUCUGGUUUGUGUGCUCCUCUCUCAUCUCUUUCAGUUAGCCGAGGAAACAUUACAGCAGCGUGCAUCCUUAGUUGUUUUCACAUUAAAGAAAUAUUUGGAAAAUAGUAUUGAAAUUGGCAUCAUAGUUACACACAGCAAAUUUACAUUAUGGUUUCAAUCCAGUGUAUUACUAUGGUACCUUAUUAAAUGUAAGCACUAUUUUCACGCAGGGGGUAUCUUUUGACUCACUUUUUCACCAGGUCAUCUAAGGAAAACAAAAAMCCCAAGUAUAUUGAAGUUGUUUUGGAACAGAGAACAAACUGCAUGGCUUUUCACACCUGCUAUCUCAGUCAGUCUCUCUGUCUCUCUCCUCUGUCCUCCUCACUCACCAGAGUCCAGUAGCUCUAUAACCUGUGUCCUUGUGGUCUGAUUCAGAGCUGUCAGUGUGACUGUGCUAGAAUUCCUAUUGAAUGCCUGACAGAUGGUCUGUGACAGCAGCAUCACGUGCCGCAUCCACACUAAAGGGCCGACCUGGGCGGUACGGUGAUGGCUGGUCUGUGACAGCAGCAUCACGUGCCGCAGCCACACUAAAGGGCCGACCUGGGCGGUACGGUGAUGGCUGGUCUGUGACAGCAGCGUCACGUGCCGCAGCCACACUAAAGGGCCGAGACCUGAACGGUACUGUGAUGGCUUGGGGAUUUUCUUUGGCUCUUUCCAGGAUUUUUUCCCCCAGCAACUUUUGUGGAUGUGGAACCAGGCCAGUACAGCUUGGCUCAGUUAGGCCCUAUAGUGUGGAAUGGGCCAUAGUGGUUUUGAUACCAUUAUUCUGUCCUUUGUUCUGUUUCCUUCCUGUGUACACAGUUAGUAUUAUUUAUUAUUUUCUCUCUUAGUUUUGGUUGACUCAUGAAUAUGCAUUGCUAUUGUCCUAUGAUAUUUCUUUAGUAAUUAUACGAUUCAUGAAUAUGCAUUGCUAUUGUCCUAUGAUAUUUCUUUAGUAAUUCUAUGAUUCAUGAAUAUGCAUUGCUAUUGUCCUAUGAUAUUUCUUUAGUAAUUAUAUGAUUCAUGCUAUUUAAGAGGUCAUUGUCGCUUGAUCUGCAUCGUUGUAACAAACCAAUUCUGUUUUAGUUUUUUUCUUCUGUCUGUUGUGCUAUUGAAUGACGUCAAUAUCACAACAGAGGUUUGCAGCAUUUUGAUGGUCUCUGGCCUCUACUGUGUCGUUUGAUAAUUGUAUGAAUUAAACAGAUAGAUACAGCAAGACGACAGACAAGUAAUGGUUUGCUCUGGCCUCUGCAAGAAAUAGAGCUAGUCAAUAAAUCACUGUGUAUGAGCGGUUGAAUCAAGG